UACUCUUCUUUAAAAAUGGCUGCCGUUAUGCAAACAGACGUUUCUACUAGUAACAAUUCUCAAGUUGUGGACACUUCCAAUGACAAACAUUCUGAGAUUAAAGUUGUUGAUAUGGAAUUACAACAGGACGGAAAGGCUGCCUUAAAGGAUUUGCUGUCAAAGAUAAAACCGAGCAGUUUUGGCCAGAGGCGUAAUUAUUCAAGAAUUGAUAUUUCUGCUGAAAAAUGGUUAAUGGCAUAUGACGAAGCUUCUUUAGCGAAAUUAGAAAAUCCGCCGUCUCUGGCUGAUGGAAUUAGUAUGGAAUUGGAAAGGGACAUCCGGUACUUGGGCUGUGAAUUAAUUCAAUCCGGUGCUAUUUUAUUAAAAUUAAGCCAAACAGCAGCCGCAACAGCGCAAAUUUUAUUUCAACGUUUUUAUUAUCAAAAAUCAUUUGUUCGUCACAAUUUUGAGCAUAUGGUCUGCGCGUGUCUUUUGUUGGCCAGCAAAAUUGAAGAGCAACCAAGAAAACCUAGGGAGGUUAUAAACGUUUAUCAUCGACUCAAGCAAUUGCACCAACAUAGAAGAAAAAUCAGCGGCGGGGGCGAAAGCUGUAGUGUCAGUCUUCAACAACUUCGACCAAAGAAGUGCACUCACAGGCACUUACCACAACUUUACAUUCAAUUUCAAUUAUCUUCCUAUUAUUAG